AGUGAGCAGCCGGGUGAAGGUUAACGUUAGCUUAACACAUAGUUUCCAAAAUAAUGAUCGAGUUUCUGUUUUUCUUUUGACUUACGCUGGUCUUACAUAUAAAGACAGACAACUGGAUCAAGCAGUGGCGUGAAGGACCAGAGGCCAAGCCACCAUGGCCGGCAUGUCCAACUACACGAUGCGUAUGGCUCGGCUGAGCGCUCAGAUAUUUGGCCAGGUUGUGCGACCGACAGACUCCAAAUCGAUGAAGGUGGUGAAGCUCUUUCAGGAGCCUCCACUGCCAAAGAAGAAGGAGGUUUAUGACUGGUACCCACAGCACAAGAUCUACUAUGCCAUGACCCAGAAGCUCAGAUUUAUGGGACUGUUCAGAGAUGAGCAUGAGGACUUCAAGGAUGAAAUGAGGCGCCUUAGAAAGCUGAGAGGCAAAGGGAAACCAAAGAAGGGAGAAGGGAAAAGAGCCACCAAGAAGAAAUGAUCUGCUGCAGCUCUACAACAAUGGACUUUUGUGGCAAUUGAAAGUGAUGAACUUGCUCUAAUUGUCCCUUCAACAGUUAUCGUAUUUCCACAUGCUGGACCAUUGUGUCAAAGUUUGCAACUCCUGAGUUGGUACAGAACUUGUACUUCAUGUUGCUUAAAAUAAACUGGACCUCUGUUUGGUUCAUGCACAGGAAGUAAGAUCCAGCUCUCAUGUUAGGUUGUGGUCACAAUAUUGUUCCAAUUUGAUUCCACUUUUUCUUCCAUGAUGCAAAACUGGCAAAGAUUAAUUAAUCGACUGUUGUCUGUCGGACAUAAUAAUGCAUUAUUUAGUUUGGUUGACUGGAUGGUGUUCACCAGUAUGGAGAAACAGGAAAAAGCUAAUUAUGUUCUAAAGCUUUCAGUCAUUUAACACAAAAUACAUCA